GUAAAGCCGCUUGAUCCGCUGCCUGUUGAAGGUCGGCAACAUGUUGAAGUACAAACGGCUUUGUAUCUGGAGGAGCUUGCCGAUGCGGUGGAACAAGCAGAAACUGACUGUCAGACAGACCCGUUUUUGGACCGUCCACCUUCGCCACUCUUUAUGCCAUCAAAGUCAGGCCUUGACAAAGCAACGGAAAUUCUGCCAGAUGACCUCUUCUUCUUCGAAGUGGAAGUCCGACCAAUUCUUGAAAUUCUGGUUGGCAAAACAAUCGAACAAGCUCUUAUAGAGGUUCUGGAAGAGGAGGAAUUAGCAACAAUUAGAGAUCAACAACUACGAGAGGAAAAAGAACGACGAAUGAAGCAGCAUUUGGAGUUCAGUGCUCGUCGGAAAGAACUGGCGGAAAAACUGGCUGCUCGAGCUUUCAGUAAAAUGUAUAUGGAACCACUUGUUCCUACAGUAUUUGAUCAUCUUUACGAGAAUGGCUACUUUUAUGAUGUCGUCGAGAGGGAUUCUCCCCCGCCCCGCCAGGUGGUCACUGAAAAUUAUCAGGCCUAUGCAGCUUUAGAGGCCGCGGAACUUGCCGCUAGGCUGUCGGAGGAACAGCAGACCAUGCUGAGUCACCUGGAGCCCACAGCGGACCUGGUAUCCAGCAGUGAUGAAAUCAGAUCAACGGAACCGAGCUCGGAGCCCCAGACGGCUGGAUCCACGGACGGAUCGGUUCAACAUGGAGAAGAGCAGAAGAACGACGAGGAGGAGAAGGAGGAGGAGGAAGCUGAGAGGGACGGGGAGAAAAAGAAAGAGGAAGAAGAAGACGAGGAGGAAGAUGAGGAUGAAGAAUAA